AUGAGUGAAGCAUUUCGUUGCGUGUUUGGUCCUCGUUUGUAUCGCAUCUACAGUAGCAAUGGACGACAGGUGAGGGAUGUCAUCAUGUCAGGAUGUGCUAUUUUUAUGAAAUUCUUCAAACUCUCUGCACGUAAUUGUUUUGUAGGAAACACCGCUUUGUUUAUUUGGAAAUUUCGAUCCUUAUCAUUUGCCCCUGGAUUACGGAUCCAAAGCUUUGCUAGGUAGUUAGAGAGUCUACUUUGUCGACAUCUGUGCAUUUUAUUCUUUUUGUUAAUAGCAUCAUUUGUACCAGCCUAGCUUGCCAGAAAAAGUCGGUGACAAAAUUAUUGAUGUGGUAAAUAAGACCUCUUAUGUUUGUCCUUUUUUUAAUUGGUCAGUAAAAGAUUGAGUAUGAAAAUGAAUUUUAUUUAUCUUUUAUAGGCAUCCUACAUGUAUUCCUUGUCUGUUGUGGCUUCUCCAAUCAUAGGAUAUUUUAUGAUUAAAAGAGGUUGAUUAAAUAUCUCAUUAUUUUAUGUUAGAUUACAGGAGAAAGAGUUUUUGUAGUUGUGAUUGCUGUUGUUGUUGUUGUUGUUGUUGUUGUUGUUGUUGUUGUUGUUGUUGUUGCUGUUGCUGUUGUUGUUGUUGUUUUUGUUGUUGUUGUUGUUGUUGCUGUUGUUGUUGUUGUUGUUGUUGUUGUUGUUGUUGUUGUUGUUGGUGGUGGUGGUGGUGCUACUGCUGUUGUUGUUGUUGUUGCUGUUGCUGUGGUUGUUGUUGUGGUUGUUGUUGUUGUUAUUGUUGUUGCUGUUGUUGUUGGAUGCUUUUUCUGUUAGAUGCAUAUUAUACAAAUAAUGAAUGUUUAUGAGUGCAAUGGUAAGAAUAUUUUCAUGAGGUGAAAGAUGGAAUGUUCCAUUCAACGAGGCGACAGCCGAGUUGAAUGGAACAUUCCAUCUUUCACCGAAUGAAAAUAUUCUUACCAUUGCACGAAGAAACAUUCAUUAUUUGUUUUAUAUAAUACCAAAAUAGACUAAUAGAUUCGUAUGAGAAGCAUUUUGAGGGAUGCGAUUUAUCGAAAGAGUGCAAUUGUACCAUACGUUUUAUUCCUCCAUUGCACUCUUGGGAAAUGGAAUUUUCUAUUCAAUAUCAUGUGACCAUAAACAGCCAAUUAAAUGAUUAGAAUUUAAUAAGGUAUUAUAUAAAGUUCCAUAUUGUUGUAUUAUUUUUCUAUAAUGUAUUAUUUGCAUUACAUGAAAGUGAUAUAUCAGUUCUGGGUUUGUUUUUUUGUAGGAUUUUUUACAAUGUCUGGUAUUUUUAGUCUUGCACAUUUUGGGAUGACUUGUUUCUUUAUUUUGGCUGGUUCAUAUUGCAUACGAGGUGUCUAAUUUGUUUAUUAACACAUUUUUUGUUAAAAUAAUUCAUUACAUACACUGUAAUUUCUGUAUAAUAAUAUCUUAUAAUAUUUUGACAACUCAAGGUUAUGGAAGACUCACAAAUCUAGAGUACAGAAAAUUUCUGAGAGUUUUAAUGGAAGUACAAAAAUCCAACCAUCAACAUACUGCAAGAGUAUGAUUUUUUGUGUUUAUUCUUCAAAUUCAUGUCUACUAUCUGCAUACUAGAAUUGUGUUCAUUCAUAUAUUGAAUUUUACUUUUCAGCAACAACUAGCUCAAUAUGAUUUCCAGUUCAGUUCAUGGCCAGUUGACUUUCACUGGAAUGAAUCAGAAGACAGCCUUGAUAGAAAGAAAUUUGAGAAGAUCUACGAUAGAGGCGAGGCAUCCAGUAGUUUUGUUGGACGUGUGUUCUCGUUGCCUGGUAGAAUUGCAAGGUACAGAUCAAUAGAAUAUGACUGCAAAUUAAAUUAACCAACCUUUUUCCAAAGUGUGUAUAAUAAAAUAUAUAUAUUUAUUUGUAAAAUGAUUAAGAAAUAUUCUGUGUUUUAGAUAUGUGGUCGCUCAUUAUUUUGCACAGCCAUUGAUGUACCCUGGUUCUGUGAGGUUGUUACAAAGUGCAAUGGGUAAGCCAUAUUUAAGCUUUGACUAUUUAUUUCUUGUUUAAAAUAUAACUUAGGUUUUCAACUCAGUCCUACCUAUUUUUCUCUUUCAAGGGCAAGCUUUGAAUGAUGGUCGAUCCAAUUUAGUGUCUAAGGUAAUUGUUUACUAGAGUUUUGUGGCAGUAAGUAAGACCAUAUUGAUGUUUGAAACUGUUGAUGUUUUAUUCAGGAUGGUUGGAGAGCAAAGUUGAAAGCAAGAGAUGAGAAUGAAAUAGACACAAUGUUCAUUGAUAGACGCACAUCUGAGAAUGAAAAUGGACAAAUUUUGGUAGGUAUAGAAAUCACCAUUGUGAUUGUUGAAGACUGUGAUUGGUAAUCACUAAGAUGUGAAUUUAAAAUAAAUAUAAAAUUAAUAUCAUAAAAAAGUUUAAAAAUUUAAUAUUAUAAUUUCAAAAAUUUAUUAAUUAAUAAUUAAUUAAUUAAUUUACUAAUUAAUUAUUAAUUUACUCAUUAAUUAAUUGUUAAUAAUUAAUUAAUUAAUUAGAAUUUACUAAAUUUGAAUUAAUUACAAUUAAUUUUUAAUUUUUUAAAUCAAAUUUUAUAUUAUAAUUUAUUAUGUAAAUUUAAUAUAGGUUAUAGGAUGUGAAGGGAAUGCAGCAUUUUAUGAAGUAGGAACAAUUUACACACCUUUAAAUGGUAAAUACACUGAUCAAAAAUAAGCCACAUAACCUAUUACUAACCUGCAAUCAGGCAUUCUUACCUAUUGCAUUGCGUAAACUUGCAUCAUGCAUGGUUGUGGUCAAUUGAAUGCAACGUGAAUGUGUUGGGAAGAAUGCUGUCAUAAACAUGCUCCAGAUUUGGCUAGAACUUAAUUCUGACUCACUUUAAUGUUUUAGCUGGAUACUCUGUGCUAGGCUGGAAUCAUCCUGGAUUUGCUGGCAGUAGUGUAAGAAUAAUUUUCACACAAUUAGCAUGGCCAGUUUCUCUUAAUCGGUGAAGGUUUUUUUCUUACUUGAUGAAUAUUACCAACUGUAGGGUUUACCUUAUCCUGCUGCAGAACAGAAUGCUAUCGACGUGGUUAUCAAGUAUGCAAUGAAUAGACUUGGGUUUCCCAUCGAAAAUAUUGUCAUCUUUUCUUGGUCUAUAGGUAACGUAGAUGUGUAUAAUAGAUAAAUAUGUAUUCAUACUGUAUGUAUUGCAAGGUCAUGAAUAGUUAUUUUGAGGUCAGAUCAAUGACUCUCAUCUGCUGAUUCACUCAUGAGUAAUAAGUUCCUUGUAUGUUUGCAUGGCGAUAAAACAUAUAAUAGUUUUGUUUGUGGAAACACCACAUAAAUUUAUUACUGCAAAGCUUUCGAUCCGUAAGCCCGGAUCUUCAUCAGUGCUAAUAAUAUGGAACAAGUCGCAUAUUAUUAGCACUGAUGAAGAUCUGGGCUUAUGGAUCGAAAGCUUUGCAGUAAUAAAUUUAUGUGGUGUUUCCACAAACAAAACUAUUAUAUCACUUAUGAGUAUUUAAGAAAUGUUUGUUUAACAGGUGGCUACAGUGCUACGUGGGCUGCAAUGAUGUACCCAGAAAUUAAAGGACUUGUACGUAUGAACUAGGUUUUUUGAAUUACUACAGAGUAGUACAGAAAAAUUCUGUGUUUCAACAUACUUUUUUACUUUCAGAUAUUGGAUGCAACAUUUGACAGUAUAACUCCUUUAGCUGUUGAAAGAAUGCCUGAAAUAAUGUGUAAGAUUCAUUCCACUAUAUUAAAAAAUAGAAUAUGGAGUAAGGUGCUUUUUGAAAUAAGUAGGUGGGUAUUUGGUGGGUGUCUGCCCAUGAAAUUUAGACUAUAUCUUCUGAAGUGGUUUUUCCAGCUUUCCAUCUUCACUGAGACCGGAAUGGAUUUACUGGAGGGGGGGGGGUGUAUGCACCGCCUACCAGAUCGUGAUGGAUCCAUCCCACUGGGAGGUAACCUGGGACCCCUCCCCACAGUUGAAUUCUUUCAAAAGGCUUCCUACGCAAAGUUAUAUUGGGAACCCUGUAAAUAUCGUAAUUUACGUUACGUGGAUAGCGUACCCGAUGCAUUGAAUAAAUCCAUUCAUUCCUUUUAGCUAGCUUAACAGAAGGUGUAGUGAAAGACUAUUUUCCCUUGUUUAAUCACGAACAUUUAACCAGGUAAACCAUGAAGAAGAAAGUACAGGUUUUAUUUUACUAUAAUAGAGAUCCAGUAAAAAGCAACUUGAUGAAAUAACAGCAUUGUAACUACUUGGUGACAAGCAUGCUACAAGCCUGUUGUGAUCAAAACUUGUUGACAAGUUGUGAGAUUUUUACGCGUGCAAACUAACACAAUUUCCCCCUGUAGGUAUUCAGGACCAGUUCUCCUUUACCGACGAACAAGAGAUGAAAUGAUAAGUGUUGUGUACGUUCUAUUAAACAUUCUUCUUAAGCCAAAAUUUAUGAUUUCAUGUCCAGUUUGAACCUGGUUAGUUCACGUGAUUGUUUCUUGUGUUUUACUGUAGUGCGAAUGAUAUCACUACAAACCGUGGCAACUAUUUAUUAACGGAGUUGUUAAAGUCGAGGUAGUGUAUUGCUGUAAAUUCCUUUUUGGCAUCUGUACUCUUUCAGUUCCAACACUAUAUUUCUGUCCGCCUUCCUUCAGAUAUCCUAAUCUCAUAUCGAGUUCCUCACUUGAACACCUGAAAACGUACAUGGCAGCCGAAGACACCUUAAAUAAAGGUUAGUUUCCUACUGAACUAAAGUAUCUUUAUAUUUAUACUGGAUAACUUUUAUUCAGUAUAAAUAUAUAUGUAAUUCUAUCAAAACUGAAGCGAACCUGGAAGGUGUAACCUCGUAAUGUUUUCAUCUAUGACAUAAAAUAUACCAAAUAUGUGACUUUCAUAUGAUCAUAAAACGUGGUUCUCUUUUACAAGAUAACCCAUGGGCUUGCACACAUAAAUGCAUCUCUCCUUCCAACCAUCCACACCUCCAGACAAACUAGAUCUUCCACCAGUACUUCCACCAAAUAUGUCAUCCCAAAAUGCAAGACAUCCACCUAUCAAAGAUCCUUCUUUAUCCGAUCAACUCGGAUCUGUAACCUUCUCGCCGAUCAACUAAAACUGGACACAUGUGGCCUCUCUACAUUUAAAACUGUCAUUUUUAAUUAUUACUCUAUGUCAUUAAGAACUUGUUACAAUGUCAACGAUCCUCGUUCGUACAAAACCAUUUGUCCAAAGUGUAACUCUGUUCGUAGUCUAAGUGUUCCAAUAACGUGCUGCAUGUAAAAGACGUAUUGUUGUUAUUUUCAUAUGUUGCUUGUUAUUAGUUGUUUAUUGUAUUUGUUAAAUUUGUAAUAUUAGUUUUAAUGUUAGUUUUAUGGGGCGGUAGUAAUUGGCUAAGCGCUGCUACGGACUCCCUGUCAUUAAUUGUAUUAUAGUUAUUUACAAGGCAAAGCUAAUAAAUUAAAUUAAAUUAAAUUAAAACGUGCCGACCCUAAAACUAGAAAAAUUUUCUGGGGCACCAUGCCCCCGGAUGGCCGGACCUCCUAGUUUGUUCUGUACAAUGUUCUGUAUAUAUAUUUGACAAUUGGACCCCUCCUCCACACUCAUUUGGGGCUGGCUACACCCCUCUAUUCAACGUCUGUCGGAGAAAAAUACACGCACUAACGAUUGUGUUCCUGUAUAUUUUUAGACGCCAUUAAAAGAUUACUUGAGGUGAACGACGGCAAAUGUGAGAAGUUACUUCGCACACAUCAGGACGAGAACGGCAAACAUUUUCCUUGUGAUAUAGGUACAAUAAUAGAUGACCCCAGCUAUCGAGUAUUUUUUAAUCUAGACAAGAAAGACAAAAUCUAUCAUUAUAUAGCUUAAAAAAAACAUCCUUAAAUUAGUUAAAUUGCAAAGUUUGGUUGCGAAAUGUUGUAAAAUACGAAAAAUAUAGCCCUGUGAAAUUAGCAAAUUUUGAAUAAUUUAGUAUUACGCGCAGAAAAAUGCACCACUUUUCAGCCGAAAGAUUUCGUCCUUCUUGUCUGGAUCAAAAUUUAGUCUAUAGCGCAUGGAAUCAUCCAUUAUACUCGUAUUUUUCAUGGAGUUGAAUCCCUCUUAAUCCAGCACAGUUCGAGUAAAAUAAUUGUUCAUUUUAUGCAGUACUUGUGUCAGUAUUAUAGUUCGAGUAAUCUGUUCCAUAAAACUUAACGUUAUUCAGUAGAAGUAUACAGUAUACUGAGACUGUGAGUUAUAAAUUAUCAGAUCAUUUUAUUUAUUUUACAAUCUUUGUUACACGACCGGUUUAACCCACAGUGCUAGUUGCUCAUUUACGGGUAACCUGCUAAUGCAAUACUGAAAUAUAGGUUAACACAGUGGAUAUAUCGCUUCAAAAUCUCUGAGACGUUUGAUUUAAUCUAUCUAUCCAUCUAGCAAAUAUGUGAACAAGCUAAACUAUUAUACCUAUACAACUAUAUUAUACCUAUAAACUUUAUCUAUAUUAUACUGUACCUAUAAACUUUAUAAACUUUAUCUUUUAAACUACAUGUAUAUUAUACCUAUAAACUUUAUCUAUAUUAUACCUAUAAACUUUAUCUAUAAACUUUAUCUUUUAAACUAUAUUAUACCUAUAAACUUUAUCUAUAUUAUACCUAUAAACUUUAUCUAUAUUAUACCUAUAAACUUUAUCUAUAAACUUUAUCUUUUAAACUAUAUUAUACCUAUAAACUUUAUCCUGAUGAUGACUGAAAUAUAGUCGAAACGUAGAUAAAUAAAAAUAUUAUACCUAUACAACCGCUUUGUGAAUGUAGUUGUAGGUAGCUGCCUUGCUGGUAGAGAAUGCUCUUGCAUGAGUUCAUUAUUAAAGAUUUUAUUUUCUGUUUAGGGGAAAAUUUUGAUGAUGAUGACAAAGCAAAAAUGUUAAUCUAUCUGGUAAGUUGUGAGUGUUGUAUCUAUUUUUAUCUUCUUGAUAGAGUUGCAUGGAUAGGGCUGUCCAGUAUAAAUAAAGUUUGUUUGGGUUUCCUCCUGUAGUAACACUGCAUCAAUAACCAUAAGAGAUGAUUCUUACUGGACCUCUAGGAAGAACAGUUUUAUAACUGAUAGAGCUAUCCGGUAUAAAUAAAGUUAGUUUAGUUUAGGUUUCCUCCUGUAGUAACACUGGAUCAAUAAGAGAUGAUUCUUACUGGACCUCUAGGAAGAACAGUUUUAUAACUGAUAGAGCUAUCCGGUAUAUAAAUAAAGUUAGUUUAGUUUAGGUUUCCUCCUGGGGCCUGUUGUUCAAAGGUGGGUUAAUGCUAACCCUGGGUUAAAAUUUAACCUGCUGUUUUAUAGUUUGUGUACUUCUAUACAUCUGUGUAUUUAGUCAAAUCUUCAGAGAACUAAACUCCUAUCAAUCCAGACAAGAUCUCUGAAGAAAUAUUUCCAAAUUUAUAGACAAGCUGUUUAUAGGAAGUUUGCUUCGAAUUUUAGGUUAACCAAGGGUUAAACUAACCCAGCUUUGAACAACCGGCCCCUGUAGUAUACCACUGGAUCAAUAAAGGAUGGCUCUUACUGGACCUCUAGAGAGAACAGUCCAGCCAGCUCUCAUAAGCUCUCGUGCAACUCUUGUUCUUGUUUGAGCAGGACCUGCUACGAGAUUUAAGGAAACUCUCGCGCUUGCCAACUCUCAUCAACGUUCAUCUUCGCUUGACCAGGGAAAGCAUUCAGAACGAAUAUUUUAAAAUAUUUUUAUAUUUGUUUUGAAUCAAGGUAUCUCGCUACAUGGUCGAUGUUGAGACCACACAUUGCACUGCUCUGCCGACAAGAAUAUUUCAAGUUCCACAAAUUGUUUAA